AUGAAUCACCACCAACAACAACAAUACCAAUAUUGUGGAGGUGAUAUUUCUACAAUCUACCAUCAGCAAGUUGGGACGAUGACGUCAGAGGAGUGCAUGCCACGUCUUGUGGAUGUUGCUGAAGAAAACAUGAUGAUGGCCGGCGGCCUCGAUAAGGUGGAGGAAGAAGGCGCGACGGUUGAUUGGGAUGGCGAGGCGAUGAAUAAGGUUGAAGGUUUACUGUCAUCAUCAUCAUCACCUGAGGAAGAGAAAGAAGAAAAGAUGAUGAACCUUCCUGUUAGUUGUAGCAAUGAAUUUGAUGGUGGUUUGGAUGGCGCCGACGGGGAUUUUGAGAUUUCUUCGUUUCUCCAGCUCUUGGCUUCUGCUUGA